AUGAAGCUUAAAAACAAAGUCGCUAUCGUUACAGGUGGCGGAAGAGACAUCGGAAAAGAAACCUCCAUCAGGUUGGCAAAGGAAGGCGCAAAAGUGGUAGUAAACUAUUGCAAUGGCAAAGAAGCCGCAGAAGAUACCGUGCAAAAGAUCGUAGCCGCAGGUGGCGAGGCCAUCCUCGUACAAGGCGAUAUGACCAGGAGCGUCGAUGUGGCAAAUCUGGUAGCAGCAGCCACCGCCGCUUAUGGCAACGAGAUCCACAUACUGGUAAACGUGGCUGGUGGAAUGGUAGCGCGCAAGACCACCGCAGAGAUUGAUGAAGAGUUCUGGGAUCAUGUGAUCAACCUGAACCUGAAAUCUGUAUUCCUGGCCUGUAAGGCGGUGACGCCGCUGAUGCCGCAAGGCGCUGCCAUUAUCAAUUUCUCCUCACAGGCAGGCCGUGAUGGUGGCGGACCUGGUGCCUCCGCAUAUGCUACAUCGAAAGGUGCCGUGGCCACCUACACCCGUUCAUUGGCCAAGGAGUUUGGCCCUAAGGGGAUCCGGGUUAACUCGGUAGCGCCGGGAAUGAUCGCCACAACCUUCCAUGAUACAUUUACCAAACCGGAAGUGCGCUCCAAUGUGGCCAACGGUACGCCGUUGCGCCGUGAAGGAAACGCGGCAGAAGUAGCAGGGCUCGUUGCUUACCUGGCAUCCGAUGAUGCUGGUUUUAUCACUGGCGACAAUAUAGAUAUUAACGGAGGAACCUUCUUUUCCUGA